AGAAGAGGAUACACCCGUGUUGUUUGUAAAUAAGGUUUGACCAACGGUAACUGUGACGACUUUGUACGACACCGAUACAUAUUUAAUAUUGUAUGGUUAAAUAGUUGUGGAAAGAUAAAUAUACUUUUCCAUUUAUCUGACAUUACUUAUUCAUCUGCGUCAGUUAAGACAUUGAUGCUAAUAAGGGUAGGAAGAAGUUAGUUAGCCAACAAGCUAACAUGACAUAUUUCGAUAACUAGUUGACAUACAUACGAUGGAAGAUAACUCGUCUUGUUCCUCGGCUGGCACUGCUCUUUCUGAAGCGUCUUUCCUCCAGAGGACGUUGGAGCGGCUUUCCUCCACACAAUGUCUGAAAGUGAGCACCGAGGCUCCGGUGGCUGUCAUCGCGCUGCAGCGGUACUUAUCCGAUCAGCCUGAGGCGCAGCCCGACAGCUACGACGUGACGGUCACUGACGGAGUGUGGCGGGCCAAAUGCUCUGUUCACCCUGCUUUAAAUCACCUGGUGCACUCUAACACCCUGAGGACUGGAACUGACGUGAGCAUCACACAGUGCUCGUUUGUUUACAGCGAGAGGAGACUGGGACACGGUUACAUUUGUAUUGAAAAGCUCCGGUGUGGAGGAGAGAGGUCUGCCCUCCUUCCCCGCAUACAGGACGUCGCUUCUCUGCCGAUGCUGGUAAAGCAAGGCAUGGAGAGGAGUGUGGAGCUGCAAAGUGAUGUUCCCCUCCAGGUGAGCCGCAAACAUUACCUGUCUCUGUGGAACAACGAGGACCCAGAGGGGGACAUCUGGACCUCAGGGUCUCCCUCAUCGCACACAGUGCUGGAUGUUUCCAAUAUUACUCUUUUUAGUAGUCUGGAGUCAUGCUUUAGAAACACAUGGAAACCUCUGCCUCUCCUAGUGAAGAUCAUACACAAAUCCAGAUUAAGGUACUAUGGCAAGUUUGGGCUCAAGAUUGAUUAUCCCUUCCAGGCAUACUUUGAAGUUGCUGACCAGAGUGGCACGAUGUCCCUCGUGCUUUGGAAUGAACUUUGUCCAGAGUUCUACCAGAAACUGAGCGUAGGCACUGUGUUGUACAUCCAAAAUUACUCCCUAAAGCAGAGUUAUUCAAACCGCUCACACCCGCAAAUGGACCAUCACCAAAUGAAGACCUUUCACUCUGUAGAAAUCUGCCUGAACGCUCGCAACCCGACUUCAGUCGUCACUGUGGUCUCAGCAAAGAGCGUGCUGCCUCAGUGGGGAUUACCUGAGGUUUCCUACCUGUUCACCACCAGAUUACAGUUGGACGAAUUAUCCAACAAUUCUGCUUGUGAUGUCAUCUGUUUGGUGAUAUUUGUUGGUCGUGUUGAAAGAGUAAAGAGCAAAGGGAAAAAGGUUCACUUCGGUAAACUGAAUGAACCUACUUCUUUUAAUGUAUUUAUUUUUGCUCCUUCUUCAGCUCAAGUUCCUCUGGUUGCUGCGGCCGACUUGAAGAAGGAGAUGGAGACCCUCCAAUAUAGGGAGCAUAAAAAAGUUGCAAUUCAAGGACAGAUCGCGGCAGUGCGAUACACGAAACACCCCAAAUCAACAGAGUCUAGAGGAACAGAGGAGAGAGAACAGGUGCCAGAUGUUGCUCCUGAUGUGUGUGAGCCAAACACACAGGACCAUCCCUCCACAGCUGAGCAGACCACGGCUCCCAUUUCACCUGCUGAGAAAAUCUCAGUAAGAGGAAUAAAAAGAAGAAUUCAAACAAGAAAAGUCAAGCAGCUCUCCUUGAAUCUUCGUAGCAUGGCAGCAAAAAGAAACAGAAGGAGCUCAGAGAUUGAGGAAGAAGAAGAGCAGGAAGCGGAAGAGAAAGAGAGCGACUCUGGAUCUGAAGACGCUCCGAAUGUCGCAGACAGCCAGCGAAAUCAAGACUCUGAUGUCAUAUCUUGGGAAAGCAGCAGUUGGCCGAAGCAGAAACAGGAAGUGUCUGAAUAUCUGUGUGACGGCGGGCUGCACCAGGACAGCGUGUCUCGGAGGUUCACGUUUGACGAAAAGGACGACCUCCUGCAGCGGAGUAACCUUCAGCCGACGCACUGGACCCCAGAGCAGAGUGCGGACACCCCCCCUCCUGUGGUCUGUCCCGGGCUCUACCAAGUUACAAUACUAGGCAUAAACAAACAGAUGGCCAUCGAUGCUGUAUUUUUGCCCGUUGUGAGCUCAGAUGAUCCCAGGGCUGUCGCUCUCCCUCAGGAUCCCCAUGGCAACACAAUGCUGUCCUGCCUCUCGUCAGGCUUCCUCUGUCCGCUCAGCCACAGCCAAUCAACGCUUCCCAAGCCAGAGGAGGUGUUGGGGUCUGCUGGGGAGCUGGAGGACAUGCACCUCGUCUGCAUCCUGGACCUCUGCCAUCUGGGUGGAGACAGAGUGGAGGUCCUGAUCAGCAAGGUGUACAGAGUGACCGAGGUUUCAAAGUGUACGGCUCUGUGAGACUAUCUUGUAAUUAUAUUCAUCAGAAUUCAUGUCAUUAGAAAGUAAUUUUUGAUAGAAAGAUGAAAUGUUUUAUACCAAAUCUUCAUUUGAUACUGUAAAUUAUGUUACACGUGUACAGUUAAUGUCACAUUCUUCCAAUAAUACUUUUGUAAAAGAUAAACAUGUUAAUGCAAUCAAUUAAAAAGUUGCAUUUUUCCUUC